CUGCAGUCGUCGAUCAUGGAGACGUCCUGGACGAACCUGGUGGUCGAGGUGGGCUAUUCGUUCACCGCCACGCUGGACGACUGUAAGAACCAUCUGCUGAAGGUGGGUGGACGCGAAAUCACGCCCCAGGAUGUGGCCAAGAUCGUGUCCUCGAUGUGCCUGACGCACGAAUCGCUGUCGGAGAGCAACAUCAACCUGCCGACACCGAGCACGUUCUGGCCGCAGGGCAGCAAUGAUCCUUCGGGUGGGCAAAAGGGAGGUCAGAAGGACGGCCCCAAUGGCGGCGGCUCGUCGGCGACGGAAAACGUCACCUGGAAACCGGACGUGUUGGUGCAGGCGUUGAAGGAGGUUGUGCCUAAUCUGAACUGGAAAGACGUUUGUCUCGCGAUGGACCAUCCGGAGUUUAUGCUGAAGGAUCGGGCCGGUUUGUCGCUGCUGCUGACGAUCGUGAAGAUGGGAAUGCAGGCGAGCAACAUGGGGCAACACUUCCCGUCGGAGUGUCUGUACCAGCGGUGGUCCAACUCCGAGGGUCAACUGGCGAUCAUCUCGCUGAUCCUGAAGAACCAGGACCUGUACUCGUUUGCCGAUCACAUCUACACGAGCGUGUCGGUGGAGCUGCUCAAAACGCCACCGGAGACGGACAACAAGGAGGUCGCUUCGUGGAUGUCGCUGCAUCUGGUCGACGUGCUGCUGUACAUCGCCGACCAGGGUCUGUACGUGCAGGUGAUGGACAUCUUCAAGGUACCGAUGCAGUUGUGUCCGGACAUCCUGUUUCUGGCGCUACUGCAAAUCAACCCUCCGCUGACGGUUCCUCGGCAAGAUCUGUUCACCAGUUUGAUACCGAUUUUCCUGGGCAACCAUCCGAAUUCGGGCACCAUUCUCCAUCAUGCCUGGAAUCACACGAACUUUAACCUGACGCUCAGGCACAUCAUUCUCCAUUCGAUGUCCGAGUGGUACUUGCGGGGUGAUAGCGACCAAUCCCGGCUGUCCCGUAUCCUUGACGUGGCGCAGGACCUGAAGGCCCUGUCGGGACUGCUGAACGUUCGCUCGUUCAUGUUCAUCAUCGAUCUGGCGUGCCUAGCGUCACGGCGGGAGUAUCUGAAGCUUGAAAAGUGGCUCGCGGACAAGAUCCGCGAACACUCGGAACCGUUCGUGAAGACGAUCAUCAAGUUUCUGCAGCGCCGUUGUCCGCAAAUCAUGGGCGGCGGUGCGGGCGGCAAGUACACGGAGGAGCAAAUUCCGAAGUCCGCCCAGCUGCCUCCGGAAACGUUGAGUACGAUUCUGAACUGCCUGCAGGGAUGCAUCGGGAACGUGAGCCCGGAAGUGAAUGAAAUGAUCGUCAGCAUGUCGCAGUACGGCAUUAUGUUGAGCUCCGCGCAGAAGAACCGCGCGGCGCAGCAACAACAGCAGCAGCAGCAGCAACAGCAACAGCAACAACAGCAACAACAGCAGCAGCAGCAACAGCAACAGCAGCAGCAGCAAACGCUUCAGCUUCAGCAGCAGCAACAGCAAGCACCGCCGCCGGGAGUUUUGCGUCAACCACACCGAGGUCUGGAUGCGUUCAGCGCGGGCGCGUCCGCUGCUGCCAUGGGCACACAGAUGUUCCCUCCACCGACGGUGGAUGCGUUGAACAGUUUGACGGCGAACAUUGGUGGUUUGAACAUCGGCGGACCGGGCGGAAAUAGUGCGUUCAGUUUCAACAACAUCAUCACAACGCCGGCCUCUCCGUCGCGGCUUCUUCCUUCGAGCAGUCCGUUCGCGAUGAUGUCGCUUCCACCGGGGGCGGCUACGGCAGCUCAGGUCGGUUCCCUCGGUCGCCUUCAGCAGCAACAACAGCAACAGCAGCAAGCUCCCAACGAUAAGCUCGUGGGGCUUGGAGUAGGAGGUGGCAUGCCCGCAAGCGCCGUGUCCGCCAUCUCCCAAUCUCCGUUCCAGGGUGAUAUGGCACAACCGGUCUCGAAGGAGGUGGAAGACGAAGCGAACAGCUACUUCCAGCGCAUCUACAACCAUCCGCCGCAUCCGACCCUUUCGAUCGACGAGGUGCUCGAUAUGCUGCAGCGCUUCAAGGACUCGAACAACCGGCGCGAGAACGACGUGUACCAGUGUAUGCUGCGCAAUCUGUUCGAGGAGUACAAGUUCUUCCCGCAGUACCCUGAGAAGGAGCUGCAGACGACGGCGCAGCUGUUUGGCGGCAUGGUUGAGCGUAAUCUCGUCACGACGUACGUCGCCCUCGGCCUUGCCCUCCGGUGCGUGCUCGAUGCGCUCAAGAAACCGGAGGGCUCGAAGAUGUACUACUUCGGCAUUACGGCGCUGGAUCGGUUCAAGAACAAGCUGCACCUGUACCCGAAGUAUUGCGAGUACGUGCACACGAUCGCGCACUUCACCGAGUUUCCGCCGCAUCUGAUCGAGUACAUUGAGUACGGGGCUCAAAGCCUGGAGCCACCGAACAAGACGCUCGGUCCGGGCCCGCUGCCAACCCCGCAGUUUAUGCAUGCGGGAGGUGGUGGUGCCGCCGCCGCCGGGGUCAAUGUGGCCGCGGGAUCCGGCGGCCCGGUAGGUAAUCCCCUCUACCGAAGCAACUCCGUCACCGGCACGAGCAAUCUGACGUCGAUCGUGGGGGGAGCGUCGGGAGUGGCGGGUGGCGCGGCUGGUACCCCAGGCAAGAUGAAUCUCGGUGCCGGGCUGGCCGCUGCUGCCGGGUCAGGAGGAACGCCCGGUGGCGGAGGUGGAGGUGGUGGUUCCAGUGGUGGGCAGCCUCCGCGCGUCAAAUCGAUCGCCAACGCGACCAACAUCGACACGCUGUUGGUGGCGACGCAGGAUCGCGAGGAGAAGAUCAUCGCACCGCCGGACGCGAUCCAGGACAAGACGGCAUUCAUCUUCAACAAUCUCAGCCUGAUCAAUCUGUCGCAAAAGUGCGAGGAGAUCAAGGAGAUCCUGCAGAAGGACUACUACGCCUGGUUGGCGCAGUAUCUCGUGCUGAAGCGUGCCUCGAUCGAGGUCAACUUCCACGUGCUGUACUCGAACUUCCUCGACGCGCUCAAGAUCCCGGACAUCAACCGGUUGGUCACGAAGGAGACGUUCCGCAACAUCCGUGUGCUGCUGCGCUCCGACAAGGGUAUUGCUAACUUCUCCGACCGGUCGCUGCUCAAAAACCUGGGCCACUGGCUGGGCAUGAUGACGUUGGGGCGCAACAAACCGAUUCUACAUUUGGACAUCGACUUCAAGUCGCUGCUGGUGGAGGCGUACAACAAGGGUCAGCAGGAGCUGCUGUACGUUGUUCCGUUCGUGGCGAAGGUGCUGGAGUCGUGCGCCAAGAGUAAGGUCUUCAAGCCGCCCAACCCGUGGACGAUGUCGAUCAUGAAUCUGCUCGCGGAGCUGCAUCAAGAGCCGGACCUCAAGCUAAACCUCAAGUUCGAGAUCGAGGUGCUGUGCAAGAACCUCAACAUCGACGUGAGCGAUCUCAAGCCCGCCAUCUACCUGAAGGACCCGGAGCGGGCACAGAACAUCGAACAUCAGCUCUCGCAACCGAAGCCCCCGAAGGAAGUGGUGGCGGCGGCGUCGGCGGCAGCUGCAGCUGCGGCCGCAGCAGCCAUGAUGGCGGCUGGCGGUGGUGUCGGUGGUGCCGGUGUCGGUGUUGGUGGUGCCAGCGGUCUCUCUCAGAUGCCGCCGGGCAUACCGGAAGAAAUGGGUGGUGCUAGUGGGCCGUCGAGCUCACCGGCGAACGCUGCCGGGUUGGACUCGGCGCUGGCGGUGUCCGGCGGUCCGCCCGAGCCACGGUUCCACUUUUCCGACAUCAACAUUGCGAACCUGAGCGGCAUCGGACCGCUCAUCACCUACUCGCCGAACCUUGCCAUCAUGCACACGCACGCACACCUCAAGCAGAUGGUAAAGACGGCCAUCGAGAAGACGGUCACCGACUGGAUCUCGGCCGUCGUCGACCGGAGCGUGAAGAUCGCCUCGAAGACGUCCGAGCAGAUCAUCCGGAAGGACUUUGCGCUCGAGCCCGACGAGACACGGAUGCGCCGGGCAGCCAUCAGCCUGGCGCGCUGCCUGGCGGCCGGUAUGGCCAUGAUCACCUGCCGCGACCAGGUUAUGCAGGCGUUCCAGACCAACAUCAAGCUUCACCUCAUGACGGCGCUCAACCCGACCCAAAAGGAGCUGGCGGACGCGGCCGCGACUCAGCUAGCGUACGACAACAUCGACGUGGUGGCGGCGUUCAUCCAGAAGACGGCCGCCGAGCGCGUGUCGGCUGACAUCGACAAAAUCCUGUCCAACGACUACGAUAUGCGCAAACUUGCCAGACAGGAGGGUCGCCGGUUCUGUGACGCAAGUGUUCUCACCUACCAGGCGGAGCGGCUGCCCGAGCGCGUCCGGCUGAACGUGAACGGUGUGCUGCCGGGUCAGCUGGCCGUGUACGAGGAGUUUGCGCGCAACAUUCCCGGCUUCCUACCGAUCACCGAUCGGGACGCGACGGCUCUCUUCGUGCCGAAAAUGCCGGAAAUUAUGCCGACACAACCUUUCGCAGCGGCCACUCCGGAUGACAUUGGAGCCGUAUACGAUGAGCUGGCUGGAAAGAUGGAUGCUUUCAUCAAAUCGGCCCGUGCGCAUCCGGUGCUGCAGGUGCACACGAAUAACAUGGAGAUACUGUUGGAAUACCUGUACAACGCACACCGUACGUUGGAUAAUCUGUCCGGUUGCACGCUGCUGAACAAAGCCGUCGAAGGGCUGAUGGAAGGAUUGGUCAACAUUCCCGAUCAGCUCGAGCACAUCAAGCUGUACCGGGACAUCCAUCUGCGCGUGAUGCGCCUAAUGCAGGACCAGCGGCUGUUCGGGCCGAUGUGGACGAACAAGGCGAUCACGCGCUAUAUGGUCGAGUGCCGCGAGGACAUUCGCUACAACGUCGAGGCGGUCGAUCUGCUCAUCUCGUCCAACUUCGUCAACGUGCCGCAGUACGACAUGAUGCUGGUGCAGCUGAUGGACAAUGGGAACAACUACGUGGCGAUUGUGUUUGCGAUGCAGCUGCUGCAGACGUACUUCAUCGACGAACGGCACAACUCGGUCGUCAACGAGAACGAGCUGGCGGGCACGAUCGAGAUGUUGCACCGCUUCACCGCACAUCCGCGUGCUCCCGAAGGGUUGGCGCAUCUGAUCGACAUGCUGCGCGCCGCUCACGACCCGAACACGAUCUUGGCCGAUCGGCCCCAUUCCGGACCGACGUCCUACAUCCACAUGGGUGUGCUUCAGGCGAGGCAAACCGAAAGCGAUGAUCCACCCGGUUUUCUCGAGCGAGCCGAAUUUCUGCUCAAGGACUGGGUGUCGAUUGUCCUAUCCCCAACCAAUGGGCGGGAUCCGCUCAAGGGUUUCAGCCUGUUCGUGUCGAAAAUGAACAUGCACGGCAUCUUGAAGGGCGACGAGCCGCUGACGCGCUUCUUCCGCUUUGCUACCCAGUACUGCAUCGAUCUGACCUACCGUACCAUCAACGAGCCGAAGACGAAGGUCUUCCAGUUCAUCGAUGCUUACGUACGGCUUAUCGCGCUGCUGGUGAAGCACUCGGGCGAGAGUGGUAACACCAACACGAAGCUGAAUCUAUUAAAUAAGAUUUUGGGUAUCGUCGUCGGCAUCUUGCUGCAGGAUCAGGAAGUGCACACGACGUCCUUCCAGCAGGUCGGUUAUCAUCGCAUCUUCAUCAUGCUUUUCCUCGAGCUGACCGCACCCGAUCCGGUGCUGGAGAACAUCGGCAUCAGCGUGAUUACCGCCUUCUGCCACACGUUCCACUUCCUGCGCCCGGCGUGCGCACCCGGUUUCUGUUACUCCUGGCUCGAGCUGAUCUCGCACCGUGUCUUCAUCGGGCGCAUCCUGGCGCUGACACCGCAGCAGAAGGGCUGGCACAUGUACUCGCAGCUGCUGAUCGAUCUGUUCAAGUAUCUCGCACCGUUCCUGCGCAACGCCGAGCUGGCCAAACCGGUGCACCACCUGUACAAGGGUACGCUGCGCGUGCUGCUGGUGCUGCUGCACGAUUUCCCCGAGUUUCUGUGCGACUACCACUUCGCUUUCUGCGACGUCAUCCCGCCGAACUGCAUCCAGAUGCGAAAUCUGAUUCUUUCGCCGUACCCACGCAACAUGCGUCUGCCCGAUCCGUUCACACCGAACCUGAAGGUGGACAUGUUAACUGAUAUCGGUGGGUCGCCGCGGGUUUCCAUCAACUAUGCGGCCACGAUUCAGCCGGCCAGCUUCAAGAAGGAUCUGGACUCUUAUCUGAAGGCCCGUGCCCCGGUCACCUUCCUGUCCGAGCUGCGCUCGAAUCUGCAAAUUUCGAACGACAUCGGCUCGCGGUACAAUAUUCCGCUCAUGAACGCGCUCGUGCUGUACGUUGGCACACAGGCCAUUGCGCACAUACGCUCGAAGAACUUGGGCCCAACGAUGGCGACGAUCAUGCACUGUGCGCACAUGGACAUCUUCCAGAAUCUUGCCGUCGAUCUGGACACGGAGGGGCGCUACCUCUUCCUGAACGCGAUCGCCAACCAGCUACGCUAUCCGAACAGUCACACGCACUACUUCAGUUGCUGCAUCCUGUACCUGUUCGGCGAGGCCAACUCGGAAGCAAUUCAGGAACAAAUUACACGCGUUCUGCUCGAGCGCUUGAUCGUGAACCGUCCGCACCCGUGGGGCCUGCUGAUCACCUUCAUCGAGUUGAUCAAGAACCCGGUCUACAAGUUCUGGGAGCACGACUUCGUCCACUGUGCACCGGAGAUUGAGCGAUUGUUCGAGUCAGUAGCGAAAUCGUGCAUGGUGACCAGCAAAAGCCAGCAGCAGAUCCAGAACGUUGACGCGGACAUAACUGAGUGCAGCUGAACGGCCACUCGGGGUGCGCGCUUUGCGCGAUGAAGAGGAGAAUGCUCUAGAAAUCAGGAAAUGUUUCGUGCAAAGUAAGUUUCCAAGAACUUUAAAAUUGUCAAUGGUGUAAGGAAAACGGGGGAGAUUGAGCGGUGUAUGAAACUAACAAGAAAGGAAGGAAGGAUUCACUGUGUAAAUAUAUUCAUCAUCGAUAGCCAAUUGCCGAAAUAAUGAACAAGUUUUUAAAAAGGUUUAUUUAUCGCGAGCUGUUAGUGAACAGGGAAAAUGUAAGCCGGCCUGCACCUUUCAAAUUUGUUUUUCCAUAUCUCCGGCGUGGCCACCGUAGGUAUUGGAUAAAUAAAUAAGGAAAGCACCUACAGCGUGCAACGGUGGUAUCAUCCAAGAAACAGCAUCCAUCCAUGUACAUUUGUAAAACAUUCGAAAGAGUUAGAGAAACUCGGAAAGUGUGCAGGAUAAAAGGAUAAACUUAACGUGCUCGUGCUACUGUUUUGCAGUUCGUUCGUUUCCUUUCACGUAGCAUCGAGUAUCGAGGAAGAAAGGUAGCGCAACUAUUUUACUUUGUGUUGUUUCUUUUGUUUUUGCGAACGAUAAUAAUAGUGAUAA